CGCAGCGGCGACAUGGCUGUUGGCUCUGAAGACAUCUUUCAUCACAGCACUAACUCCAUCUACAGACCCGUGGCUGGCAGUCUCCUGGAAGACCAGGAGGCAUUGCUUGAGAAGCUUCUAGAUAGUCCAGCUCCCAUCCAGCAGAGGCCAGAGGACCGCUUCAAUGGUGCCUACCUCAUCUUCUUCAGCCUUGGCAUUGGCGGAAUGCUGCCAUGGAACUUCUUUGUCACUGCCAAGGAGUAUUGGAUAUAUAAAUUCAGCAACAGCUCAAGCCCCACUGCAGGGGAAGAUGCUGAGGGAUCCGACAUCCUGAACUACUUUGAGAGCUACCUGGCCAUCGCCUCUACUGUGUCCUCCGUGCUCUGCCUAGUGGCCAACUUCCUGCUCGUCAACAGGGUCCCUGCUAACGUCCGAGUGCUGUCCUCGCUCGCUGUCAUGCUGGCCAUCUUCGUGGUGAUGACAGUGAUGGUGGAGGUGGACACAUCGGCCUGGCCUCACGGCUUCUUUGCGCUUACCAUGGCAUGCAUGGCACUGAUCAGCGGUGCGGCCACUGUCUUCAACAGCAGCGUCUUCGGCAUGACGAGCUCCUUUCCCAUGCAGAACUCCCAGGCGCUGAUGUCAGGUGGGGCCAUGGGUGGCACCAUCAGUGCUGUGGCUGCGCUGGUGGACCUGGCAGUGUCCAGAAAUGUGACAAAUAGCGGCCUGGCCUUCUUCCUCACUGCCGACAUCUUCCUUGGGCUCUGCAUUGGGCUCUACUUGCUGCUGCUGCGCCUGGAAUACGCAAGAUACUACAUGAGGCCUGUGAGGCCAGUGCACGUGCUUCCUGUGGAAGAGCAGCGACCCUGGGACACCCCCACAAGCCCCUUGCUGGUCACAGCAGCCAGAAGCCCUCUGACUCCACCCCUGUAUCCCAUCCUGAAGAAGACGGCCUGCCUGGGCUUCUGUGUCAUCUACCUCCUCUUCAUCACCAGCCUCGUCUUCCCAGCUGUUUCCAGCAACAUUGAGUCCCUGCAGAAGGAGUUGGGGUCCCCGUGGACCACCAAGUUCUUCGUGCCUCUCACCAGCUUCCUUCUAUACAACGUGGCUGACCUGUGUGGCCGGCAGGUCACUGCCUGGAUCCAAGUGCCGGGGCCCAAGAGCAAGAUGCUCCCAGCUCUGGUACUUCUGAGGACUUGCCUGGUGCCUCUCCUGGUCUUCUGCAACUACCAGCCCCGCAUCCACCUGCAUAUGGUCCUUUUUCGCUCUGACAUCUACCCUGUGGUGCUCACUUCCCUGCUGGGGCUCAGCAAUGGCUACCUCAGCACCCUGUCUCUCAUCUAUGGGCCCAAGAUUGUGCCCCGGGAGCUGGCUGAGGCCACUGGCGUGGUGAUGUCUUUCUACAUGUGCUUGGGAUUGGUAUUGGGCUCAGCCUGUUCUGUGCUGUUGGUGCAUCUUAUCUAGGCUCAGGGAGGACAGACAGUUGCCAGGACACAGGCGCUACAUGGAGUGUGAGGGCCUUGGCUUGUCAUGGAGGACACAGUACACUGGGGCCUCAUCUGUCCUUGGGAGCUGGAGGCAGACAUGCCCCACCCCUAUGCCAAACGGAAGCUUCCUAGACACCAGCCAAAACACUCCUGAGAAUUUGGAAGACUUGUAAGACUUGGAGCAGGAUGACUGGAGUGGUGACAGUCAUGUAGCCAGGCUGGGGCUUCCUGCGGAGGGUUGGCCUUGACACAAAAGUGGCCUGGAGCACUACAGUGGAUGCUGAAUAUUUUGGUG